AAUCAAUGUCUUUUGAGUUAUGGAAAACGUUCAUAGAAUCAAUUAUAAAACAUGUAGAUCUCUCUCUGGUGACUUUCGUUACACAUGUUGGUUUCGGUCUUGCCUUGUCCUACAUUGUUUGGGUGAUGUUUUGGUCUCCCAAGCCAAAGGAAACGCAUCAGAGGUCUGAUGAUAACAAAGCAGAGGUGGUCAAUGAUGUUUCUUCAUCACCUCUAUGGGAUGUCUUCUUGAGCUUUUAUGGUAAGGACACUCGCAGAAAUUUCAUCUCGAAUCUUUACUAUGCUUUGGAUCAAGCUGGAAUUGUGACCUUCAGAGAUGAUCCUGCACUACCAAAGGGUGAGAAAAUUUCGUCAAGACUGUGUCAUGCAAUCAGAACUUCGAAGAUGUUUGUUGUUGUUAUCUCGGAGAACUAUGCUCGUUCUUCGUGGUGCCUUGAUGAGCUUGUAGAGAUCCUUAGCUCCAAGAGAAAAAGGAAUCAGGUUGUUCCUGUGUUUUACUAUGUUAAUCCAUCCGAUCUACGACACCACAAGGGGAGUUUUGGCGUAGCUCUUGAAAAGCAUAAGAAGCGUCACUCGGCUAAUAGGAUUGAGAAAUGGAAAUUGGCGCUUGCUGAAAUCGCGGAUCUAUCAGGAUACCAUUUGGAAGACGCUGAAGAGAAUGAAGCGGAUAUCAUUCGUAUUGUUGAGAAUGUUUUGCCACAAGCAUCGCGAAAGGUACUGCACCUCGAUACUUGUCUAUUUGGGAUAGAUCUUGCCGUUGAAGAGAUCUAUCAACAACUAAGCAUGGAGUCAAAUGAUGUUCGUGCCCUUGGAAUAUGUGGGAUGGGUGGAAUUGGGAAAACUACGACAGCCAAGGCAUUCUAUAACAAGUACGCCCACAAAUUUGAUGUAAGUUGUUUUAUGGAAAAUGUAAAACAGAAUUCACAAGGAGGUAGUCCUCUACUUCAUUUACUUCAGCAGCUUUUGACAGAGCUUCUCAGAGCCAAGGAUUUUAAGGUCCGUGACGUUGAAAGUGCACUAAGAAAAUUGAGGGAAAUUCUUAGUUCUAAGAAAGCCCUUGUUGUUCUCGACGAUUUGGAUCAGUCAAGCUAUUCUGAAUUUCUAGUAAGGAUUUGCAAGCUGUUCUCAGAUGGUAGCAGAAUGAUAAUCACGGCAAGAGAUUUAAACCUGCCAAAUCAACUGAAAGUAGAACUGUCAAAAGUAAAUACAUAUAUGGUGAGGCAUCUGAAUGAAAUCAAUUCAUUGGAGCUCUUUAGCUAUCAUGCCUUUAAAAAGAAACAGCCUCCUGGGAAAUACAUAGCUCUGUCAAAAAGUUUUGUUAAUUAUGCGGGAGGCAUUCCGUUAGCUCUAAAGAUGUUGGGUUCAUCUUUGUGCGGUAGGACAAAUGUGUCAUUCUGGAAAGCUGAAUUUCAAAAACUUAAAAAAAUGCCAAUGAAUGAUAUCCAAAAAAUCCUACAAAUGAGUUACGAUGAAUUAGAAGAUGACACAGAGAAGGCUAUUUUCCUUGAUAUUGUAUUCUUCUUUGUGGGAAAGAACACAGAUGAGGCUGUUGAUGUAUUCAAAUCCUGUGAUUUUUUUCCGGAGGCUGGGAUACCAAUUCUAAUCGAAAGGUGUCUACUAACCAUUGAUUGGAAUAAUAAAUUUCAGAUGCAUAAUCUCAUACAGGACAUGGGAAGGAACGUUAUUUUUGAAGAAUCCAAACAUGGUCCAUGCCGGCGCUUGUACCUGAAUCAAGAUGAAGCAUGUCAGGCUUUGCCAAAUCUAGGGGAGAUGGAUAAGAUCGAAGGUCUCAUUAUCGAUCUUACAAUGUCAACUAACAAAUACUGCAAUGCUGAGAUAUUUGAAAGGUUGCCAAACUUAAGGUUAUUAAAAUUAGUUGAUGUCCAUGGUAUCAAAGGAAAUAUUACAACUUCAUUUCUUGAGUUAAGGUGCAUUAGUUGGCAUGGUUGUCCUUGGACACAUUUUCCUUCUGCUAUUCACCUACAAAAACUUGUUUUCCUGGACAUGCCAUUUAGCAGAUUUGAAACAUUGUGGAAGAUUGCCGAGGCACUUGGGGACUUGGUGGAGAGUAUUGCAGGGGCAAUAUUAAUUGAUAGCAGGCUUAAUUUGGAUGAAGUGUGGAGAGUCUUCAAGCCAAUAUUAUCGCCGAUUGUCACACCUGAUAAACUGGAACUACCCCGCCUCUGUGGUAAAGGAUUUUUACUACGAAAACAGAAUGAGGAUCCUGCUGUUGGCUCAUCUUCUAUGCAUUCUGUUAAGAGUAAUGAGCUAGAAGCAGAUGGUCCCACAGAGCACAGUCAGCAUGCCAGCAUUGCACCUAACUAA